UGGACAUAUCAGUGACCGUCCAUGGCCUGAUUGAGAACCUACUAAUGGCCUCAGAGGAGUCUCUGUGUAUACCCACAGCUAAACGAUUGCUGACAGAUUUCGGUUAAACCCCUUAAGCCAAGAUCACGAGCAUGAUGAAAUCAAUGUGCAUGUGUUAGAAGUAUCACACAUAGUGAGUUAGAAUCCGAUCAACAAGAUGUCGUACAAGGUUGAGACUGUGUUGAAGAAUGUGGCGUCCACGGUCGGGGAGGGGCCUCACUGGGACGACGCUACUCAGACGUUGUUAUUUGUCGACAUCAACAACGGCAAGAUCUUCAGAUACAACCCCGGUACCGGCACCAACGACAUGAUCCAGCUCAAUGGACCUGUUGGGUUCGUCGUGCCCCGCAGUAACGGGGGACUUGUCGUGGGCCUGGAGAAUACGUUCUCGACUGUCGACUGGAACACCAAGACUGUUACCAAGAUGGCGGAGGUGGACUCUGGAACCAACAACAGAAUGAAUGACGGGAAAUGCGAUCCAAAAGGACGUCUGUGGGCAGGGACAAUGAGCAAGACGUUCAAUGCCGACCAGGCCAACCUGUACUGUUUGGACACAGAUGGCACGCUGACCAAGAAGGUUGACCGCGUGACUAUCUCCAACGGCCUCGCGUGGUCCCCAGACAACACCAUCAUGUACUACAUCGACACGACACCACAUAAAGUUUACGCGUACGACUACGACAUCAACACUGGAAAUAUCUCCAAUCAGAGGGUGGCUGUGGACUUUGACGCCGUGCCGGAAUUUAAAGGCAAUGUCCCCGGCCCUGAUGGCAUGACCAUUGACACGGACGGCAAUCUGUGGGUGGCCUGCUUCGGGGGUGGAAUGGUGGCCAAAUUUGAUCCUAAAACAGGGGCAGCGCUUCAACAGGUUUCCCUGCCUAACGCUACCAAGAUCACGUCUGUAGCGUGGGGAGGGAAGAACCUGGACGAGUUGUACGUAACCAGCCUCAGAUCAGGCAUCCCGGACAGCGAGUUCCAGACCACGGAAUCACUAGCAGGGUCUCUGUUCAGAGUUACCGGCCUUGGUGUCAAAGGCAGUCCGGCUUACGUCUACCAGGGAUGAGAGUAGCAGGGGAAGGGGACAGAACUCAAUGAGAGACAACCAUGCCGCGACGUAUCCGUGCUGUUUUCGCCAUUGUGUAGAUAUGCUGUAGACAAUGAUUUCAGCAGUUAUAUAUCUUUCAUUAAUGUAAAUAUAUUUAAACUGUGCUCAGACUUGAUAACUGACUUAUGUAGAUCUGUACAUCAAAUGCAACAAGAGUUAUCUACCUUGUUUACACAGGAGCCUGAAAGGAUAUAGCCCUGUGGCAUGCUAAUCACGAAUUAGGUUACGGACAGUGGGUUUUAUCUGAGACACAUAUCUGAAGUCUGAAUCAAGACAAGGUUAUCUCGCGACUGACAUCCUAAAUAAUGAAUUUACAUUUAUUUUGUUGAUAAUGUGUAUCUAAAGAUUGAGUAUUGUGAGGUGAAGCCAACAGCAAGGUACGAUGAGUGUAUUUUCGUAUUUACCAUGGGUUCCAUACAUAUGCACUCUUUAACCGUAAAACCUCAUCGGAUAUUACUGUACUUAAUAAAAUAAAAUGGGCGGAGUGCAACGAGGGUCAUAUACACUCUGAAGUA